AUGAUUUUUCUUGUCCAACUAUUGUAUAUGAGCUAUGGUCGUGAAUGUAAAUCCUGCGAAAAAGAAGAUCAUGAUUGUUUAUUAGGACAAAAUGUUCGAGCUCGUACAUGUUCAACAGAGAACGAUCUUUGCUAUAUAUGGUUCGAUCGCUCAGGAAGUGAUGUUGGUGUUCAACGUGAUUGCAUAUCAAUCGACACAAUGGAAUAUGACGUGAUUAAAGACGUGAUGGGAGAAAAAAUGACUGGAUGUGUAAAACGCAUUAAUGGCCUUGAUUGCUUUACAUUUUGUUCGUCGGACAACUGUAACUGA